AUGUCUCGACAUGACAUGGCUCAUGAGCGUCUGAUGCAGAUCAUUGAAGAGUCUGGCCAGAAGACUGUGGCCGUUCCUGACAUUUCCAAGGCUCAACAAUGGUCCACCCAGCCUUCUUCGAUCGGUGAAACUGUUCACGACCUCCGCAUGCCCAUCCGUCAGCCUAUUCAACCGCCCUCCACUCGUUCUCUCUCAGGUGGUUCUUUUGAACCCACCUCCACCUCUGAGGUACUCGCAUCCGACAAGUACUACUGGCCCAUGAACAGCAUUCAUGGCAUCAAUGGAACUCCUUUUGAAGCCGUGUGCGUUGCGCAACCUGCCGCCAUACACCUCGGCCACUCGGAGAGCAAGUAUUCCAAGCCCAUGCUGGUAAGCGACAAAACCUGCGGUACUCCCUUGCUUGCAGCGAAGAAGUCAGCCCGUGCUGACGAAGAUGAUGCGGCGACCAAGGUGUCUUUGGGAUUCAGCCCCGACUACCACGGCGACCCCUACCUGUUGCGCAACCAGUCCGCCAACAUCCCCGACCAUCUCAACUGCUCUCUUUUCCUCGUCAACCUGCCCUCGAGCCUCACCACCCACCGCCUCAUCGCCGCCAUCCACGCCAUGGGCCCCACCGGACGCAUCUACGCCACCCACAUCAACGCGCCCGAGCCCGACCGCAAGCACUACGGCUGCGCGGCCAAGGUCAUCUUCUUCGAGCUCGCCGCGGCCAAGGCCUUCUACAAGGCGUGCGAGGAGCGGGGCUUCAACGUCGACGGCUUCGCGGUGCGCGUCAUGUGGAACCGCAUCAAGACGGCCCAGCAGGACCACGCCAGGUCGACGACGCGCGUGCUGCUCAUCGGCGGCAAGCCCGACUUCGUCAACCCCGUCACGCUGACCGAGUACUUCUGCACCAAGCUCCAGUUCCAGAUCGACUCCAUCAUCACCCACAGCGACGGCCUCAGGGGCGACAGGGACGCCGUCGUCGAGUACCGCUUCGGCAGCUUCCGCUGCCAGGCCGAGGCCGCCAAGAUGGCCCUCGUGCGCGAGCACCCCGAGGUCCGCUGCUUCUUCCACUGCGACCCCUGCGACCCGCAGCACUGGGCGCCCACGAAGCCGGUCCCCGUCGUCCGCCCCACCGCGCCGCCGCCGGACUUCCCGGCCGUCCCUCCCUGUGCGCCGCCGCGCAGGCGUCCCGGUUUCCAGACCUGGGCGGGACUCCCGGUCGUGCAGGAAGAUGACAAGGAGCAGCGGGGUGUCUUCCGCCCGAUGGGCGCUGCUUUGGGCCAGUGGCAGACCUAG